AUGCUGAGUUCAGAUCUGCUGCUCACGCACUACGACCUGACGCUGCCGAUCGUUGUUGCUGCAGAUGCUUCCAACCACGGAGUUGGUGCCGUCAUCUCACAUACAUUUCCUGGUGGAUCUGAAAAGGCGAUCAUGCAUGCAUCUCGCACGCUAACCCCUGCGGAGAAGAACUACGGGCAAAUAGAGAAAGAGGCUCUAGCCCUCGUGUUUGCCGUCAAGAAAUUUCACAAACUGUUGUACGGUCGCCACUUCGCGUUGUUGACGGAUCACAAACCAUUGCUGUCAAUCUUCGGUUCGAAGAAGGGCAUUCCCGUCUACUCAGCCAGCCGACUUCAGCGAUGGACAACCAUCCUUCUUGGCUACGAUUUCGACAUUCGCUACUGUCGUACUACAGACUUUGCUCAGGCUGACGCGCAUUCUCGCCUCAUCAGCAAUCAGCAGGAACCGGAGGAAGAUACCGUGAUUGCAGCUUUUUCGAUUGAGGACGAUGUGCGCCGUCAGCUAUCAGACGCCAUACGUGGUAUCCCUGGCACUGCCGCGGACAUCCGACGUGCUACUGAACAGGAUCCUGUCCUCCGUCAGGCCAUAGCCUACGUGCAGACCUGCUGGCCAACCACUGCUCUCGCUGGCGAUCUUCGCCAGCUCUUCCUCCGCCGAGCAUCGCUAUCUGUGGUUGACUCCUGCCUCAUGUUUGCAGACCGUGUGGUGAUCCCAUCUUCUCUCCGACCCACUGUACUACGCCAGUUCCAUGCGGCUCAUCCUGGUAACAGCCGAAUGAAGUUUAUUGCCCGCAGUUUUGCCUACUGGCCGGGUAUCGACGGCGGCAUCGACGACCUGGUUCGACGCUGUUCUCGAUGUCAGCAAGCUGCCAAGAUGCCACCUCGGCAACCGCCAGUACCCUGGGAACCACCAGAGAGGCCUUGGUCACGCGUGCACAUCGACUUCGCUGGCCCACUUAACGGAGUCUCCUACCUAAUCUUGGUUGACGCCUACUCGAAAUGGCCUGAGAUUGCUCCGCUAAACCCAGCAACCGCAUCUUCCACUAUCGCCUUCCUACGACGCAUCUUUAGCCAACAUGGCUUACCAGAAGUCCUUGUUUCAGAUAAUGGCUCUCAGUUUACUUCGUCGUCGUUUGAGGAUUUCUGCCGCCAGCACAACGUCCAGCAUCUUCGCUCCCCUCCCUACCAUCCUCAGUCUAACGGUCAGGGGGAGCGUUUUGUCGACACGUUUAAGAGAGCCCUCUUGAAAGCUCGUGGGGAGGGGACCACGGACGAGAUAGUCCAGGCGUUCCUGUUUUCCUACAGGACGACACCGAACCCGGCGUCCCCUGGUGGCGUUUCUCCUGCCGAAGCGUUGAUGGGCCGAAAACUGCGUACAACGUUUUCAUGCCCUCGUCCCUACCGGUGCGCAGCCCGCACAGACUUCUCCAGUCUCUCGCAGCAAGCUCUCCAUCGGAACACCUGUCUUCGUUCGUGA